UCUGGGCCUCCCGGGAGCCCGAUUUAGCCGGAAACCUGGGCCCUGAGAAGUUCCUUGUGACACACUAAUCCCAGCCUGUGGACUGGACCAUGCCCCUCGUGGAGGCAAACUCCAGGGCUCCCAGAGGACUCAGGCAACCGGGGGCCCCAAGGAGGAGCUGCCCACCCGGCAGGACCUAGGCGCUUGUCCGGCCGAUCCGCUGCCCGCUGGGGCUGUCUGGCUGCCCUGCCUGCUGCGUGAGCUCCUGAGAGACGACCCAGACUCGGGUUACAUCACACAGCCUGAAAGUGGAAGAGACAGACACUAAACCCAGAGCCACCUGGGCUGCUGCCUCAGAGCCCCGCCUCCUCGUCAGCUCGCAGGGUGCAGGGCCCAGGCCUGCGAGUUUCCAGCAGACGCCCUGGGCGACUGCGGUGCCUGUGAGAGUUUGAGACCCAUCGCUCUGAGACAGUAUCAGGACCUCCCCAUACUGCUGCAGCCCUGACUUCCUCUCCCGGGGAAGGGGACGCCUGGACAGGCCAGGACCGAGGAGGAGGGCCUGCUUUCUCCGAGGACAAGGACUCCGUCUCCUAGAGCAGCAUGUCAGAGGGGGCGGGCACCUUCCGCGUGGUCCCUGAAGAGGAGCAGGAGCUCCGGGGCCGGCUGGAGCGGCUUACAACCAAGGACCAUGGGCCUGUCUUUGGCCCGUGCAGCGAGCUGCCCCCCCACACCUUGCAGAAGGCCAAGGACGAGCUGAACGAGAGGGAGGAGUCUAGGGAGGAGGCGGUGCGAGAGCUGCGGGAGCUGGUGCGGCAGCAGGCGGCCUCGGGGCAGGAGCUGGCCUGCGCGGUGGCGGAGAAGGUGCAAGGCCGGGACAGCGCCUUCUUCCUGCGCUUCAUCCGCGCGCGGAAGUUUGACGUGGGGCGCGCCUACGAGCUGCUCAGAGGCUACGUGCACUUCCGGCAGCAGCACCCCGAGCUCUUCGACAGCCUAUCCCUGGAGGCGGUCCGCUGCACCAUUGAGGCCGGCUACCCCGGGGUCCUGUCCAGUCGGGACAAGUACGGCCGAGUGGUCAUGCUCUUCAACAUCGAGAACUGGGACUGUGAAGAGAUCACCUUUGACGAGAUCUUGCAGGCCUAUUGUUUCAUCCUGGAGAAGCUGCUGGAGAACGAGGAGACUCAGAUUAACGGCUUCUGCAUCGUGGAGAACUUCAAGGGCUUCACUGUGCAGCAGGCUGCCGGGCUGCGGGCUGCGGACCUCAGGAAGAUGGUGGACAUGCUCCAGGAUUCCUUCCCAGCCCGGUUCAAGGCCAUCCACUUCAUCCACCAGCCGUGGUACUUCACCACGACCUACAACGUGGUGCGGCCCUUCUUGAAGAGCAAGAUGCUCCAGAGGGUCUUCGUCCACGGAGAUGACCUCUCCGGCUUCUUCCAGGAGAUUGACAGGGACAUCCUGCCCACUGACUUUGGGGGCACGCUGCCCAAGUACGACGGCCGGGUCCUUGCUGAGCAGCUCUUUGGCCCCCGGGCCCAAGCCGAGAGCACUGCUUUCUGAGGAUGCCGCCUGCCACCUGCCCUGUAGUCAGCAUCCCUGGGCCUCGCCCCGGCUGUCCUGGACCCAGCAAGCUGGACAAGGGCUGCGUGGGGUGACUGAGGUUCCCCUGACCCUCCCUAAGCUUGGGGGGGGGCAGUAAGGCAGGGGGAAUUCACUUGAACCAGAAGAACUGGGAGCAGUUCCAUUCCUACGGACUUUGAGGCUUUAGGACACUGGUUUGUGUGAGGUUCUUUCAAAGACCCUAAGUCUCUUAGUGAUUCGAUUUCCUUCCUAACGGGGUUUUGCUGCUUAGAGUCUGUGAGGACAGGCAGGGAGGGAAUCUGAGAACACACGAUCUGACAGGCACCGGCGCCUCGGCAGCUCCAUCCUGGGGUGGCCCGCCCCCGCCCCCCCAGGUCAGGCGCAGUCUGACGCGUGUGCAGUGAUGAUGGCCAGGACCCUGGGCCUCCUUCCAGGGUGGCAGCUGUGUCCCCUCCUUCUGUCUGUGGGGUCUCUCCACCAGAGGCGCUGUCCUCCAGGCCCCCUGCCUCACGGGCGGUUUCACAGACGGUGUCUUCUCGGCACCCUCAGCCCCUGAGGGACACAGUGAAGGUGCUUCUGUAUCUUCAGCUCCGGCACGUUACAAUGAUGGACGCCUACUGUCCAGCUCUGCACAGGGGGGCAGAGAGUGGGUGGGCCAGAAAGUUUAUUUUGUUUUUCCAUAAGGUGGCUCUAGUAGUGCCUUGUUGCCUUUAACAUCAUUCAAAACAAUUUCGUUAGACUGUAUUGUGACAGCUGUCCUGUCGGCGUGUGUUUAAAAAAAACUUAUCAAAAUCGGUGAAUUUUUGUGGAGCCAUUUUAAUACUGAAGAUGGAAGAAAAUAAGCAACUUUUCCGGCAUACUAGCUCUAUUACUUCAAAAAAGGUAAAAACGCAAAUGAAACAUGAAAAAAGAUGUGUGCCGUGCCUGGGGGAGGUGCUGCAACCAGCUGAACGGUCAGAAGUUUCGUGCUGUGGAUUUCGCCGGGCGAUGCUCCGCGGGCGUCCCUGUUGGGCUGUGCGGUGGGUGGGGGUCGGCUGGCCUGGCCGCUCCCACUGAGGCACCCCCGUCAUCAUGCCAAGACUUCUCUGCUCUUGCCUGGGGGGGGUCACCCCACUUUUUGUGGGCAUGAAGCACCCCUGGGGCUGCACCCACCUUCUGGAACAGGAUCUUCAGCCGCAUUUCCUGGGCUGGGGGCUCCAUCCAGUGUCUUCUGCGUUCGCUCCUUCAGGCACAUCUCUGGCCGGCUGAGUUCUCGUUUCCCAGCAUGGCCGCACACCGGGACACAUACACGGGAAUGUGCGCACACGUGGGCGUUUAUUUCUCAUGUUCUCGCUUCCGUCUCUGGGGGGGUCUGCAGUAUACGCUCAUCCCCCCGGGCCACCUCCUUCUUUGCAGCACUCAGCCGACAAGCCACGGGCGGAAGUGGUGUUUACCUAGGGCUUCGGAGCUGAGGGAGGAAUCAGCAAGUUUUCGUGGGUGGCUGACCAGCGAGGAUUUCUUCAGACCCUUUAAAAAGUGCGGCUCUGCUUUUCCAAAUGGAAUGUUGCAUGGAACUCUGGUAUUUAAGCCUGAAAAGAGGAGCUACUCUGGCUGAAGGAGGCUCAGUAGCCUAGCUGGGAGGGAUCUUCUAGAACUUCUGGGGCUAAGAAAGUCUAGGGACUUUCUGGGCAGAAACUGGAGGGCUGGGACCCACUGAACCCACGGACUGUGAGCUGGCACCGCCCUCUGCUGGCCUGGACCUGGUACUGCUCCUCCAUGUUCAGAGACACACUGAGCAGCAAUGAGGCUGACCCUGACCUUGUGAGGGAGGAAGGUGGUGCUGCCUUUGGGGGAACAUGUCCCAAGCCCAUGCAUGUUGCUGUUAAAUCUGACAUACUCAGUCUCACAGAACCCCAGCUGCAGCCCUGGCUGGCGUAGCUCAGCGGAUUGAGCACGGGCUGCGAACCAAAGCGUCGCAGGUUCGAUUCCCAGUCAGGGCACAUGCCUGGGUUGCAGGCCAUGACC